AUGAAAUCAUGGACAGAGGCACGAAGUUAUUGCCGAGCUGAAGGAGGUGACCUGGCCAGUUUUCACAGCGACGAGGAGAGGAACUGGUUUAUGAGUUCUAUAGGAUAUUACUAUAAAUACUCGGUGAAUAAAAGAAACGUGUGGAUUGGAUACCAUUUAGAAGAAGACAGCACAGUAUCUCACACGUGGUCCGACGGAACUAAGAGCAACUACACCAGCUGGGAUGUGGGACAGCCAGACAACCACAACGGCCGCGAGAGGUGCGUCAGUUUCCACCCCCUCACAGGGAAAUGGCGCGACGAUGACUGCGCCACCGCCAGGGGAUGGAUAUGCAAGGUACCAUAUGACGCCACCCCACUGCCUAGUACAACCACACCGACAGGCACUGACACUGCUAAUUGCGGAGACAAGUGGAGGUCCUUUGGAGACCACUGUUACUUCUAUGGCGAUUACACAGAGAGUUCCUUCAGCAAAUCUUGGUUCUAUUCCCGCCAGUGGUGUCUUGAGAACGCUGGUGAUUUACUGAGCAUUCACACCCCAGAAGAGGCAAACUUCAUCACCACUUUGAUCAGCAAAAGUGCUCACCUUAAGUUAUGGAUUGGAGCCAGCGAUUUUAAUCUCCAGGGAUAUGCGUGGACAGAUGGAACCCCGAUGAAUUAUGUGAAUUGGGCUAAAAACGAACCCAACUCUCAAUACGGGGAUGAGAGAUGUGUUAGUAUAUAUUCAGGAAAAGAUACCUCACAGGCCGGAAUGUUCAAUGAUGAAAACUGUGGUAACUCACUGCCUUUUAUCUGCAAGAAACACAAAGACAGCAGCACCCCAGUAACAUUAACAACAACGCCCUCAGUGCAGGGGUAUUGUCCACUCGGUUUCGAGGGCAUAGGUAACAGGUGCUAUAAGUUUAUUGGUGAGGUGGCUACGGACCGGAAGAACUGGGUGGAUGCCAAAGUAGCAUGCGCAGCUUUGGGUGACCGAUAUUCAUUGGCCAGUAUAACCAACCCCAUGGAACAAGCUUUUAUAACAAGUAAACUGCAGGUGAAAGAGACAGAUUACUGGAUAGGACUGAGUGAUUAUUACAGAAUGCAUUUCUUUACUUGGCAAACCAACGAACAGUUGGAAUACACCAACUGGGAUGACAACGAGCCGGCUGCAGCCUGGAGCGUAUGUUGA